AGUAGCUGUCCUUGGGGCGGGACGAAGGGUGAUCAUGUCGUCUCAGCUUAUGAAAGAGUACUGGGACGUUCCGGAUGGCACCUCCUGCCACCGCAAGGCUUUUACUACCUCUAAGAUGGGUGCCGCUCUUGGUGUGGUAGCAUCUGCCUACAACCUUGUAUUUUUCCCACCUGAGUCGGCUGCUGAGGGAAUCGUGAGGGCUGGGAAAUAUACGCUCACCAUGGCUGCAAUAGGUGCCAUAUUUGGGAUUACUUCCUGUGUCAGUGCUCAAAUCCGGGAAAAACCAGAUGACCCCCUGAACUACUUCUUUGGAGGCUGUGUUGCAGGCCUGACCCUUGGAGCUCGAAUGCAUAACUACACCACGGGGGCAGCAGCAUGUGUGUACAUGGGUGCAGGGGCUGCCCUUUUGAAGGCGGGCAAAAUGGAAGGUUGGAAGCUGGCCAAUGGACCCCGAGUCUAAGUCAAUGAUGCCUCUGUCAGGUGUCUUGUAAAAAAAAAAAGGUUGAUGUAUAGUAACCCUUUUCAACAUUUUCCUGAUUCUGUGUGGAUUUUAAUAAAGCUUGAUACAACUUGG